UCUUGUUUUUCUGUCAGUUUUGUGUUGUGCGUAGUUGUGGUUCAGUUUCUGAUGGCUUAAUUAAUUUUAUUAUUAUUUUAUUUUUCAUAUCCAAUUCAAUAUUUCGGCUUGAGCUUGACCAGAGAUGGCACUCUUACCUCCCGAUCCAGUUUACACCAUUCGUAACGUCGACAAUGUGCCUGUAUAUUCACUGGCAUUCAGCUUUCUACCGGGCGGUCUGGAAAGGUUACUAGCCGGCUCAAAAAACGGCUACGUUUAUGCAUACAACCUUCAGACUAAUCGUGUGCAACAGAAGAUUCAAGUCGGUCAAGCUCCCAUUCUGCACAUCGUCCACACCAACAGCCAUCUCAUCACACAGGAAAAAGGUGGGAAAUAUAAAAUUUUUGAAUUAACCAAUAGCGGCUACAAAGAAGAAGCCGUAAUCGACAUUGACUCCCCGGGCUUCUGCCGUUUUGAAGCCAACACAAAACUCGAAACAAUCUAUGUACCUGAUAAAGAAUCGAAAAUAUGCAUCUAUAAUUUUUCUGGAGAAAAACAAGGAUGUUUGGAGCCAGAAAGCGGAAAUCCGAAACUGGGAGAUCCAAUGUGCUUAAAGUACAUUGAGUUUCCGUCUGACAGACCAUGCCUGCUGGCCGGCUACGAGGCGGGAUGGCUCCUCCUCUGGGAUCUCAACACUAGUCAAUGCAUCGGCAAACUGCAAACAAAGGAAUGUCCUAUGUCUGUGGACUACCACCUUGAGCAACAAAGAGGCAUGAUCGGUAAUGCCUCGAACAUAGUGCAGAUUUUUAGUAUAGGAAAGAGAGACUUAAGCCUGGCCCAUAAAAUGGACAUCACUAUAAAGAAUCCAGGCAUCAAUAAAGUGCAGACUCGAUCUGACGGGAAAGUUUUCGCAUCAGGAGGCUGGGAUGGUCAUAUUCGUAUAUUCUCCUGGUUUUCGUUGCGACCCUUAGUUGUGCUCACAGAGCACAAGCAGGCUAUACAAGAUGUUGUUUACUCAACUGAAAAGGUAUCCCUGUGGAAGGCCAAUAUAAUGGCCGCCGGAGGACUCGAUGGUGCUAUUACCCUUUGGGAUUUGUAUAACAACAAAAACUAAGUUGCAUUUAUUAUUUGAACAAUAUAGAUGUAGUACAAACCUUUGGACAACCUACUUAUGAAGACAAGUAGUACAACAAGAUACGUUUCAUAAACACUUCAUAAGAUUUGAUUUUGUGAGCAUUGUGUAUGGAACAAUGCCAGUAUUGCCUUUACUUAAAAUGUUAGAUACUAUAAAAUUCAAUCAUCCAAUGAUGCUUUAAUUAAUUUGAGGAUAUAUAAUUUUAUAUAGAAUGCAAUAUUAUGCCAUUGUAAAUUUUAAUUGGAUCUCAUGUACAAAUGUUGGAAAUAGAGGCAUUUAGUGCCACGUCACGUGGACGCGCUCUUAGUUGUAAGUUAACAUGUUGAUUAAAGCAAUGAAUAUUUUCCAAGAAUGAUUUUUAGUAAUGUUUUUCAAUGAGUCAAGACAUUAAAGGCCUGCAGAACUUUA